UUUCUUUCGUUCCCCUUUGCGGAGUAAUUUUGCCCGCCAAAUUCACCAUUGAGCCCAAGAAGUUUCAGGCGGAAAAAGAAAAUGUCACCACCAUCAUCAGCAGAUAAACCUCCGGCGGCCGCCGCCCAGAAAUCUAGUUGGUGGCGGUUCACAUGGGAAGCCCAGUCGCACGCCCCAAUACUCCGCUUACUCCUUUUCAACCCGAACAUAAAGCCCUCAGCUCAAUGCAGAGACCUCAAACUCAGCUUUCUCUCCGAACAAUCUUUGCUUACCGUGUCAUUUUCGGAUGGCGAUGCCCAAAUAGAGACCUCUUUUCGGGUCCCGGUCCCUCGGGUCUUGGUUGACCCGGAGGCUCCGCGCCAAGUCAGGGCAUUCGAUGACCACAUUGAAGUUAAACUCGUUCUGUUGCUUCCGGUCGACCAUCCUCUGGUUUCGGAUUUUGAUUCAGUUCUUAAUUCUGAGGAAAAUAAAGACGAGCUUCUUCCUCUUUCAAUUGAUUCUGAUUUGAAGAAAUUAUCUAGUAUGAAGGAGGUGCACUUCUACUGCAGAAAUUGCUCGUCUAAGUUGACAAAGGGUCUCAGAUGUUUUGAGGAAAUGCCAUCAGUUAACUGGCGAGAUGUUGCUGACAAUUGGUUUGGGAAUUGUUGUUGCUCAUUUGGUGGUGUAAGUGAGAAGCUGGUUGCAAAAUAUGCAAAAUCCUAUACAUGUUCACCAGGUUUAUGCCUCUUGAAUACAACAUCUGUUCUUUUAUGCGAAAAUGAUCUUUUGGGAUGUCAAUUCUCUGAUGUGACGAUCAGGCAAAAUUAUGAGUCUGAUGAACAAUCACUCAGAGAUAAAUGUUCGAGUGAAGAUUCGCAAGAUGAGGUAUGUAAACUAAUACAGGCCACCUCUUGCGGGAAUCAUAAUGAAGAUGUCCAUAGAAUUGUAAACUCCCCUUGUGCUGAAGUUAGCAUUGCAGCCAAUAUGGAAUGUAAUACUUCGGCAAAUGUAGUUGAUGGUGAUAGUUUAUCAAGGACCUUUCCUUCAUUGCAAAUUGAGGAAAGCGAAGCAUUGAUGAAUGGAAAAAUUCAAACUGGAUGCUGCCACACUGAAUUUUGUACUCCAAAUAUGCUGGGAACCUCUCCAAAUGUACGAAUGAGUGGAGCAAAUGGUGAACUUCUUGAAAAUCAGAAAGUAUUUCUGGAUGGUUAUCUCGGGAAUGGUUUCAUGGUUAGGUCUUCUGGCCUUUCGAGAGAUAUCCGGUGGAUCGAAUAUUUAUGUCCGGGAUGCUCUUGUCUUGUUGGAGCAUAUCCAUGCUUUGGUGAUAAUGUACCAAUAGAUGGUGGAGUUCGUCUAUUCAAAUGCUACAUUUCAACUUGCUUGCCUUCCAGUGGAGCAGAUGUAUUUGGGAAUUACACCCUCGAGAGAUUGUUUGCUAGUCAGUUGCUGGAAAGUGCAGAAGAUGAAUUAUCAUUUCGGACUGUAGUUCGGGACAUGCGAACUAAAUCUCCAGUACUGCAGAUUAUUCUCCUGAAUCCAAAUUCAUGGGGCUGUUCUGGCAGU